CUGGCUGGGGGGCGGGUACCGCCUCCUGGCGGCCGCAAGAUUUCACUGCAGGAGCGCCACCUUGCUCAGUGACGCUGCGGCCGCCUCCUGCCUAGGUCCGUGCGCUCCCGGACGGGGGUGCGGUCGUGCAAUAGGAAGCCGAGCGGAUUGCAAACUUCCCGUUGGGGACUAGCUAUCCGGCCCCGCACCCUACCUGGUGCAUUCUCCGGACACCUCCGGGGUCCCCACCUGAGUUCCUCGGAGCCCCCUUCCCGCGCCAGCCAUGCCUCUAAACCGCACUUUGUCCGUGUCCUCACUGCCUGGAUUGGAGGAUUGGGAGGAUGAGUUCGACUUGGAGAACACGGUGCUCUUCGAGGUGGCCUGGGAGGUGGCCAACAAGGUGGGUGGCAUCUACACGGUGCUGCAGACGAAGGCAAAGGUGACGGGAGAUGAGUGGAAUGACAACUACUACCUUGUGGGACCGUACACGGAGCAGGGAGUGAGGACCCAGGUGGAACUGCUGGAGCCCCCGACCCCUGCCCUGAAGAGGACGCUGGACUCCAUGAACAGCAAAGGCUGUAAGGUGUAUUUCGGGCGCUGGCUGAUUGAGGGAGGGCCCCUGGUGGUGCUCCUGGAUGUGGGGGCCUCAGCCUGGGCCCUGGAGCGCUGGAAGGGAGAGCUCUGGGAUACCUGCAACAUCGGAGUGCCCUGGUACGACCGUGAGGCCAACGACGCUGUCCUCUUUGGCUUCCUCACCACCUGGUUCCUGGGUGAGUUCCUAGCCCAGAGCGAGGAGAAGCCGCAUGUGGUUGCACACUUCCACGAGUGGCUGGCGGGCAUUGGACUCUGCCUGUGCCGUGCCCGGCGACUACCUGUGGCGACCAUCUUCACCACCCACGCCACACUGCUGGGGCGCUACCUGUGUGCUGGUGCUGUGGACUUCUACAACAACCUGGAGAAUUUCAAUGUGGACAAGGAAGCAGGCGAGAGGCAAAUCUAUCACCGCUACUGCAUGGAGCGGGCAGCAGCCCACUGUGCUCAUGUCUUCACAACUGUGUCCCAGAUCACUGCCAUCGAAGCACAGCACCUACUCAAGAGGAAACCAGAUAUUGUGACCCCCAAUGGACUGAAUGUGAAGAAGUUCUCUGCCAUGCAUGAGUUCCAGAACCUCCAUGCUCAGAGCAAGGCUCGAAUCCAGGAGUUUGUGCGGGGCCAUUUUUAUGGGCAUCUGGACUUCAACUUGGACAAGACCUUGUACUUCUUUAUCGCCGGCCGCUAUGAAUUCUCCAACAAGGGGGCUGACGUCUUCCUGGAGGCCUUGGCCCGGCUCAACUAUCUGCUCAGAGUGAACGGCAGCGAGCAGACAGUGGUUGCCUUCUUUAUCAUGCCAGCUCGGACCAACAAUUUCAACGUGGAAACCCUCAAGGGCCAAGCCGUGCUGAUGGACACGGCCAACACGGUGAAGGAAAAGUUCGGGAGGAAGCUGUACGAAUCCUUGCUGGUGGGGAGCCUCCCGGACAUGAACAAGAUGCUGGAUAAGGAAGACUUCACUAUGAUGAAGAGAGCCAUCUUUGCCACGCAGCGGCAGUCUUUUCCUCCCGUGUGCACCCACAAUAUGCUGGACGACUCUUCAGACCCCAUCCUGACCACCAUCCGACGAAUUGGGCUCUUCAAUAGUAGUGCGGACAGGGUGAAGGUGAUUUUCCACCCGGAGUUCCUCUCCUCCACAAGCCCCCUCCUCCCUGUGGACUAUGAGGAGUUUGUCCGUGGCUGCCACCUGGGCGUCUUCCCCUCCUACUAUGAGCCUUGGGGCUACACACCAGCUGAGUGCACCGUUAUGGGCAUACCCAGUAUCUCCACCAACCUCUCCGGCUUCGGCUGCUUCAUGGAGGAACACAUCGCAGACCCCUCGGCCUACGGCAUCUACAUUCUGGACCGGCGGUUCCGCAGCCUGGACGAUUCCUGCUCGCAGCUCACCUCCUUCCUCUACAGCUUUUGCCAGCAGAGCCGUCGGCAGCGCAUCAUCCAGCGGAAUCGCACGGAGCGCCUCUCUGACCUUCUGGACUGGAAAUACCUAGGCCGGUACUAUAUGUCCGCACGCCACAUGGCACUGGCCAAGGCCUUUCCAGAUCAUUUCACCUACGAGCCCAACGAAGCGGAUGCGACCCAGGGCUACCGUUACCCUCGGCCUGCCUCGGUGCCACCGUCGCCCUCACUGUCACGACACUCCAGCCCGCACCAGAGCGAGGAUGAGGAGGAUCCCCAGGAUGAGCCGCCCGAGGGAGAUGGAGAGCGCUAUGAUGAGGACGAAGAGGCCGCCAAGGACCGGCGCAAUAUCCGCGCACCUGAGUGGCCGCGCCGCACCUCCUGCGCCUCUUCCAUGAGCGGGGGCAAGCGCAACUCGGUGGACACGGCGCCCUCCAGCUCACUCAGCACUCCAAGCGAGCCCCUCAGCCCCGCCAGCUCCCUGGGCGAGGAGCGCAACUAAGUCCGACCCGCACUCCCCUCCUGUCCUGUCUCCCUCCUCCAGAGGGUGGAUGCAAGAAGGCGUUAUUCCUAAACCCUGUUUUAGACCCCACAUGGGAUCCACACUCUUGCCUUGUGGCCCACAGCCCCAUUCAGUCUGCCAUACACUCCAGCUCCACUGUUGGAGUCCCCGCACUCCAGAAUCCACAACACUGUGCCUUUCUCUGGUUCCAGAACACAUAAUCUGUGCCCUGGAGUCCCUCAGGCCUGGACUGCAUCCCAGAAGCCAGGAAUCUGCCAUUACUCUGUAGCGGUGCCAGAGGUUUGAGAAAACCUGGUGCUUUCCAGGCCGGGGCUCCUAGAGCCCAUUGUGGCGUGCAAAUUUGACAGCAUACAGCACAUGCCGUGCUAGGCCUGACCUGGAGGACACCAAGUCCUGGAAGCCAUGUGGUGUUCCUGCUAGUGGGACUAUCAAGUACUUGCAGGGACUUAAGAUACCUGAGAGCAGGUGGUCCUCCAUUUCAGCACCAGAACAUGAGCUCCAGGAUGGUCUCAUGGUCUAACCCUCCUGGGAUGUCUGACUCUGCCUGGGGAAUCCCUCCACCCUUGUUCUGUCAUCUCCCACACUUUGGCCACACCAGGGUGGCAAAGUCACGUGGCUCCUCACUCCUUCUGGAGAACAUGCGGGGUCCAGAUGCCUUUCUGGCCUUUUCUGGACUGGGACCUACUCCUCCUUCCCUGAGUCUGAGUUUUCCCUUCAGGGAAUCUGCCAGCAGAGGACAGAACUGGCCGUCUACCCCCGCCCCCACCCCAUCCCCAGCCCACUGUGAAACCACUAGGUUCUAGGUCCCAGCUGCUGAAUCUGGAGCCUUACCACUUUGCUGCAUAAUGGUCCCUUCCCGUGAUCCAGAACUGAGCCCACUGGGUUCUAGAACCCCUACAUUUACCUCGAGGCUCUUCCAUCCCCAAACUGUGCCCUGCCUUCAGCUUCGGUGAGAGGAGGGGGGGCCCUCACGCAUGCUGCGUCUGCACCUGCUUUGUUUGCAGUUGGGAGGGUGAGGGCAGUAGGGGUGUGAUUGGAGUGUGUCCGGAGAUGAAAAAAUACAUCUAUAUUUAAGAAUCCC